UGAAGAAAGUUUAUAAAUUUCCGAAGACUUUUCCUUCGAAUUUUCGUGUAUUUUUACAUGAAAAAGUGAAUUUUUUUCACAGUAAAGUCACUUUUGGGAUCUUGCAGUGACGUGCCAGCAUGGAGACGUUCGUUGUGGAUACCGUAACGCCCAUUAUUUCAUAUUUCGGGGACAUUCCUUUAUUUCGGUCGCUGGAAAAUCAAAUUAUCACGUCAAUUUCCAAUGAUUCGUGUGAAUGGCGACGAUCGUAUGGGCGACCCACGAAAAAUAUAACUUUUAAACGAGCUGCCACGAAGGUUUUUGACCCCAAAUCGCUCGAGGCGUAUAAAAUGGGCAAAUGGAGUGUCAUUGAUCAGCCUGUUUUGCAUAUUUUUGUCACAGAAUGUGCUGAUGUAGAGACUUACAAAUCGACUGUUAAAGAAGAAAUCGAACAAUGGUUGAAACAACUGACGUCAUUUGGUGUCGAAGACUGGAUGAUUUUGCUCGUAGAGACAAUCGACAUGAAAAAAACGAAAAAUAUCCUGCCACGAACGACAGUUCUCGACAAAUUACGUCUCGAUUUCGGGUCGAAGCAAGGAGAUCGCGUCAUUUCCAUCUUAAAUCCGACCAAAUUUGAGUCUCGUGCUACGGAAUCUUUUCGUUCGCUCCUUCAGCGCAUCCGGUAUCUCAUGCUUACCGGUUACAACAAGAACAUUAACAAGUACGAGGAGCUAAUUCGAGGCAAUCGUGAUAGACGAAACAAGGAAGGAUGGAGUUUUCUUCAGUAUUUUCUGUUGCAGGAAGAUUUGGCGUUCGUUUUGGAGAUGCUGGGACUCCCGAUGGAAGCUUUGGUGCAAUAUGACGAACUUGAAGCCAUGUUUUCGCAAUUCAUUUUGAACUCAAUUUAUGGCGACAAACCCGUUUGGCUGAAAACUUUCGGGCAACCAUGCAACAGAUUCAUCGGAAUAAACCUCGAGAAGCGACAAUUGAAUCAAAUUCGUCAGAAAAUCAUCGAAGGCAGUGUUAGUUUGCUCGAUUUUCGAACUUAUUUGUUCGAACGACAAUGCACGUUACUGAGUGCAGCGGAAAAACCAUGGGAAACGGCAGAACGACUGAUGCCAUUUUUGUAUGCGACAGAAAAAGAGCUGGAAAUCCUGAAUAUUGAGACGGCAGAUGGAUCAUUGGCUUGCUGGGAGUUCAUUUGUGGCUUGGAAGUGCUAAAUUUGUGCGAUCAGGUACAAGAAAGCAAAGAUAUUCUCAAAUGUUCGCAAUAUUCGGCGGCGAUUUGGAAUCUAGCAAAGGAUAAACUUUAUGAGCUCGGUGAGAUGUGCGGACUGCUUCCGGGACAUUCCCCAACGUCAGAACAACUGCACAAAGUCGUACUUUUAUCAGCUGGCAUGGAACACAACACCGACAAGCCGAUUCAGGAACCCGAUUUGAAGUCAGUUGUCGCUUCGCCUGCUCGUCGCAUCCGAAAAUCAGCAAUUGAACGUUUGAAAGAAGCUCUCGGCACGAAUCAAGCCUUCCAGAAGCUCUAUUUGGAGUUGAGCGAGUUGUCAAUCAGCACGUACAAGCACGUUUCUCGUCUGCGUUUCGCUCGUCUCGUCGGUUUGGAUCUCGGAGAUUUUUACAUGUCGCUGAAUGAACCGCAAAAAGCCGUCGUUUUUUACACUGACAUCCUACGUGAACUUAAAACCGAAAGUUGGGGCUUCUUACUUGGAAAAGUGUUGCUCAAACUCGUCGAAUGCUACAAAAAAACCGACGACAAAGUAAAUUACGCGAAAACGUGUGCGGCAAUUGCGUGUUCCGUCGAAUUGGAAAUCCUCGAUCGCAUGAAGUAUUUUGACGAAUUUUUAAAGCUCCUGGAUAAGGGAAUGGCGCCGAAAGAAUUGACGCCGGAGCAUGUCGAGGCGGGAAAUCAAUCGGUAAUGGCAGCGUUGGAAGAUCAUUUUAAAAUUGUUGACAUUCAUUUGGAGAACGAAGGUCCCGUGAUACAAGAUCAGCAAGUUUCUGUCAUCUUAACGGUCGAUAGUCACUUUCCGCGCGAGAUUUUCAUGGAAAAAUGCCAAGUUUCGCUCGAAAUGUGCGACAAGGACGCGUUAACGGACAAUUUUGGAGGCAUUGCAUUCGAAAAUGCGCGUUUACCGAUGCGACUCGUACUGGAUUACAAGCAAGAUGGCACUUUGAAUUGUGCUUCAGUGGCUUGCGGGGCAAAAGGAAAGUUGCCUGUGCGACGUACAAGCAGUGCACGACGAAAAGUAUCGAUUACAAAUCGAACGGACUUUACAAAUGCUCUCUCCGCGACAAAUAUUUUACUCAAGCCAGGCCUCAAUAUGAUCGAAAUCUCAACGAAAGCGACUCGCGUUGGAUUUUGGGCACUUAAACAAGCCGCUUUUCACAUAAAGUCCUUUGAAUUUUUGUCAGAAUCGCUGCCAGAGACUGUUGGCUUCGAAAUAACGACAAAAUCUUCCUCCGUCGUACUGAGUUUUAAAAAUUUGAUUGCCGGAUUGGAGCAAAGUGUCAAAUUAAUCGUGUCAGGAGGCAGUUUUCAUUUCCCCAAAGACGCCAGUAUCAUCUUAAAAUGCUCCAAACAUCUGCGGAUGCGUCAAAAAACCGAUGACGUGUUAAAAAACUUCUUUGAACGUGAAACAACAGUCAAAUUAACGGAUUUCAAGUCUUUCGAAGAACGCAUUAUCGAGCUGGAAGCCAUUUGUGAUCUCAUGCCAGGUCGUCGUGAUGACAAACAAAUCGAGCAACAAGUCAAGUUGCAAUGCCCGUGGACCCGAAACGAAGUUGUCAUUCCGUUGCACUUCCAACCGGCGCUUUUUGCUUCGUGUCGUCUCCAUUCCUCGGGAAAUCGCAAGUUCCUACAAGUAAUUGUCAAAAGUGCUUAUGAGGGCAAAUUAAUUUUGUCGAAUGCCAUUAUGAAAUGUACUGCCGAUGGCGUUUCCUUAACCGAUAUAAAUCCGAAGACGCAAAAUGAGAUCGGAAUCACGAAAAGUGUUCAAGUUUCGUAUUUAUGGGAGAUUCAAGUUGAACCCCUGAAGACGGAAAUUGAGUUGCCCGUCAUUCAAGUCGAAUUCGGGAUACAAUAUUGCGAAGCGACGAUUCCUGCGAAGAAGAGAAAUUUCAAUUGCACAUUCGAUGUCAUGGAUUACACGACAUUAUUCAAGAUCCAAGCGAAAAUUGAGCCAUCCGAACUUUGUAGAGUUGGGUCCGUGUGUCAUUUGCAUCUAACGAUCUCGAAAGUCAACGAAAAUCCACAUAAGCAACUCAUGUACGAGGUACUUGCAGAUCAGAAUUUUUGGGCAAUUUGUGGAAGAACAGCUGGCGUCGCAACUCUCGCCGAAAAUAACGAGGAAUCAAUUACGUUGGAUGUCAUGCCGUUAUCUGCGGGAUUUCUUCCAUUGCCGGGUAUUCGAUUGUCAAAAUACAUUUCAGCGGGACAAAAAACAGAUUCGCCUCGCUUGUUGCCAUUCCAACCGGGGCAAAUUUAUAAUUCGACAAAAAGUUUGCAGAUUCAUGUGCUUGCUAGCAAUCCUGCGGAUUAAUCCCGUUUUUUUUUUAUUAAUUUUGUUUAAAAAUUUAAAAAUCAAUCCAAUAUUGUAUUAUUUAUGCUUCUAUUGAAAAAAAAAUAAUAAAUCAAAAUAUAUAUUUGAAUCAA